UUUCUCUUUACAUGAAUCUGCGAUGCUAAACGCGCCGCAAAUCGACUAUAAUGAUGUCGAUCUGACGACGACGAGCUGUGUUCGACGUCUCUGAAGUUAUGAGCCCAACCACGACUCUGCGCUGCUGAUCGCGACGGCGCGACACCAUGUCCGACGACAUGGACACCGACGGCAGCGCCACACAGGAGGGGCUGGCGCUUGCGGCGCGAUCUUCUUCUCUUGCCACGCCGCGGAAACGAAGCAGACUCCGCUCCGGAAACAGCCAGGGAGCGCGCGGCGGUUCGGCGGAUGCCCGCCCGGGAGCGGAGUACCUACUGCGAUCGGAUGCCGAGAACCUCGCCGCGGCGACGGCCAAGGGGUUCCGCUACACGCAGCGGGAGCACGAGUUCACCCGCGGACGCGUCGACGCGUUUGUGGGAAAGCAGACGGAGGAAACCGCGGCGCAGCGACGGACGCUGUCGGAAACGCGGGAAGCCAUCGACGCCUACGUGGACGAGACGCAUCAGGAGCUGCGCGGCAAGUUCACCGCUUUGGAGGCGGAGAAUAGCAGGCUGCGACAACAGGGGGACCAGCUGCAGCAACAGAUGCAGGGCAUGGCUUUUACGCUGGAACAGCAACGGGCCGCGGCGGCUGCGAGCGCCGCGGAACAGCAGGGGAAGAUGGAUCAAAUGUUGCUCAUGAUGCAAACAAUGAUGAGCAAAACAACAGCAGCACCGCAACAAUCCGCGGGUGCGACGACGACGGGGAAACGGGUUCCGGCGGUGGUCCACUUCGACAUUUCCGACUCCGGCGGGGCAGCAGCUUCGUCUUCUUCUGCCGAAGCGGCAACCACUUCUUCUCCACCGUGCGGGACGGGGGUUCCACGGCCGAUCACUUUUCCGGCACGUUCGCCGGAGGAGCGGCUUCAUGCGGCGGUCCGGGUGACCAAGCGGUUUGCUUUGGACAAGCGGAGCACCUUCGGGAGCGACUGGAAGGAGCUGCAGGAGGAGCUACACACGCACGGGGUGAAGAAGAAGAGCACGGAGUGGGAGCAGCUUGCGGGGCUCCUGACGGGUUUGGCGAAGGAAAAAUACGAAACAGUGCAGCGGAAGCACAAGCCGCGGACCGAGGGCGACUUUGCGAAAUGCCUGCAGGAGCUGCUGCAGGAGAUCGCCCGGGCAACGGGCGUGAACGUAGGAACCGGGUCGGCUUCCUGCUACCACCGCUGCGCUUCCUUGCUGGAGCAGUACGCCGGCAAGUGGGCGAAGAGUUUCCCGGCGGUGAUGUUCGUCGAGGCGAAGGUGGCGAACAUCAUCGAAGACAGCUCCGAGCGGGGCGACAUCGGCUUCGACUUGGACUGUAGUCGGAACCAGCGGGGGGAGAUGGAGGGUUUUUUCAAGCUCCUGGAGGACUGGGUGGGGGCGGAUGGCUCCUUGUGGCUUUCGCAGAAUGUGGACGACGCCUCCACAAUGCGCCAGUGGCUUAAGCAGCUGAACGAAUACGCCAAGAAGGUCCUCCUGAAGCCGUUGACGCCAGCGCAGCAAGACACAGAGGUGGACAAGUUCCACAAGUUUCAGGAGUCGCUGCGGCAGGGCGCCGGGACACAGGCGGGCGGGGUGGUCGGGCAGCAGUCCUACAACCUGGCCCCCGGGCCAACGACGACCUCCAAUCCCAACCCGGAGAUUUGCGGUUGGUGCGGAUGCUCCCACCCGGAGCUACCGAGCCACAAGUGCGUCUACGGCCCGCAGAACGAGUACGGCGCCAGCAGCUACGCACAGCAAAUUAUCCGGAAGAAGCAGCUGAAACUCGACGAAGGCAAUGCCUUCCUGCGGAAGACGCACCUCGGGGGACGAGCCCCGAGCACCACAGCGGGAAAAGGACAAGGCAGCGGCGGCGGAGCAGGCGCCAAGGGCUCGCGGCUGGACUCGGGAUGGGUUUGCGAAAUCUGUAACACGAAGAAUUUUCCGGACCGACAGGACUGCUACGGCUGCGCAAGGGCGGCGAAAGGGAAAAAGAUAAGUACGGGCGGGAAGAACGGAUUCGGCGGGAAGGGCGGCACGGGAUACAACGUGCUGGAUUCCCAAACCCCCGGCGCGGAGCAGGCCACUUUGAAUGACCUCGGUGCGAUGCUGCAGUCGCUGCUGCAGACCUCAGCAACGAGCGCACCGACGGCGGGAGCGCAGACAGCGAUGGGGCCGGCAUUGCAGCAGCAGCUGCCGAACGGGGGAGCACAGAUUCCGAACGGGGGAGCGACGUUUUGCCAGCUCGGGCAGAACGUGCUGUCGGCGACGAACAGGCAGGCGGCUGGAGCGAACCAGCCGGGGUACAACCGGCUGCAGCCGACCACGACGCAUCCUUCCUUCCCGCCGCUCGGUAGCACGCAGCCACAGAUCCCACCGCCGCCACCGGUUUUUCAGCAGUCCACGGCCAGCCUCAACCCGAAUAUUCCGCACUACGGCCUGAACGGCAAGACCAACGGCUUCCACUUUUUCGGACAUGCAGGACCGGCGCGGUACGCGGACGGGGGAGAGGACAAGGAGAACUACUCGACGCUCCUGGACCACGUCCUGAGCGACUGCGAGGCGAUCCAGUGGCACGACUUGGAAUAA